UUUCUGUUUCUCUGUAACUCCCCUCUUUUCCCUCAAACCCCACCUCCCCCUUCCCCCGGGGAACCCACAAGAGUUCCAGAUCCUCCUUUUCUCUCUCCCGAACUUCCCCUCGUCUUAAAAAAAACCCCUGCAAAAUACAUUACCGAAAAUGCGUGAAAUUCUUCAUAUCCAAGGUGGCCAAUGUGGCAACCAAAUUGGGGCCAAGUUUUGGGAGGUGGUCUGUGCAGAGCAUGGCAUCGAUGCCACAGGAAGGUACCAGGGUGAUUCGGACCUUCAACUUGAGAGGGUGAACGUUUACUACAACGAGGCUAGUUGUGGUCGGUUUGUCCCUCGUGCCGUGCUCAUGGAUCUUGAGCCAGGGACCAUGGACAGCGUCAGGUCUGGCCCUCAUGGCCAGAUCUUUCGCCCUGAUAACUUUGUUUUCGGGCAAUCAGGGGCUGGAAACAAUUGGGCUAAAGGGCAUUAUACCGAGGGUGCGGAGUUGAUUGACUCCGUUCUAGAUGUUGUUCGCAAGGAAGCCGAAAAUUGUGAUUGCUUGCAAGGGUUUCAGGUAUGCCAUUCGUUGGGUGGAGGGACUGGAUCCGGAAUGGGGACCCUGUUGAUUUCAAAGAUUAGAGAGGAGUACCCAGAUAGAAUGAUGCUGACAUUUUCUGUUUUCCCCUCCCCAAAAGUCUCAGACACAGUUGUGGAGCCAUACAAUGCCACCUUGUCUGUUCAUCAGCUUGUGGAGAAUGCAGAUGAAUGCAUGGUGCUGGAUAAUGAGGCCUUGUAUGAUAUUUGCUUCCGAACCCUCAAGCUUACAACUCCUAGCUUUGGUGAUCUUAAUCACCUGAUAUCUGCAACUAUGUCUGGAGUUACAUGUUGCCUCAGGUUUCCAGGUCAGCUCAACUCUGACCUCCGGAAACUUGCUGUCAAUCUCAUUCCAUUCCCUCGCCUUCAUUUCUUCAUGGUGGGAUUUGCUCCUCUUACAUCUCGAGGGUCUCAACAAUACCGGGCACUUACCGUUCCUGAACUAACUCAACAAAUGUGGGAUGCUAAGAACAUGAUGUGUGCUGCUGACCCUCGACAUGGCCGUUAUUUGACGGCAUCAGCUAUGUUCCGUGGAAAGAUGAGCACCAAGGAAGUUGAUGAGCAGAUGUUACAUGUGCAGAAUAAAAACUCAUCCUACUUUGUUGAAUGGAUUCCCAACAAUGUCAAAUCAACAGUUUGUGAUAUCCCACCUACUGGUCUUAAGAUGGCCUCGACAUUUAUUGGGAAUUCAACAUCCAUUCAAGAAAUGUUCCGCCGCGUGAGUGAGCAGUUCACAGCCAUGUUUAGGAGGAAGGCUUUCUUGCAUUGGUAUACCGGGGAGGGAAUGGACGAGAUGGAGUUCACUGAGGCUGAAAGUAAUAUGAAUGAUUUGGUUUCCGAGUAUCAACAGUAUCAAGAUGCAACAGCUGAUGAGGAGGGAGAAUACGAGGAUGAAGAGGAAGCAUAUCGGGACUGAAGUUGAUGGAAUUUGGGAAACUUGUUUUGUAGUUGUAGGAGAAGUAGUAGUCAUUGCUUUAACACUCUGGUUGUAACCUCAACUACCAGUUUUCCAGAUUAAUCGUAGGAUGAUGAUAUGGUGGUGGGCAUAAAAAUACAUUUCGAGGGGGACGAAACUUGUUCAUUGUUUCAUGAAUCUAAUUAAUUUUCUUUACCAUCGCAUAA